GGAGAAAAGCCCGACCCGUCUCCACCCAAGAGCCGCUUCUCCUUCUCCACCACGGAGUACUCCUUCCUGCUGCAGCCGGACUUCCUGGGUCUGGCCGUGUCCUUCCUGUUCCUGGCCGGCGGCUGCAGCCUGCCCUUCGUGUAUCUGGUGCCGUACGCUCUGAGCGCCGGCGUCAGCCACCAGCACGCCGCCCUCCUCAUGUCCGUUCUGGGAGUCCUUGACAUCGUGGGGAACAUCUCGUUUGGCUGGCUGACCGACCGGAGGUGUCUGAAGCCGCACCGCCUGUCCUGCUACAUCCUGUCGGUGGCGCUGGAGGGUCUGUGCUGCCUCUUCGCGCCUUUCCUCCGAUCCUUUAGGCUCCUCCUCCCCUUCGCCGUCCUCUACGGUUACUUUGACGGCGCCUACGUGGCUCUGAUUCCCGUGGUGACCUCUGACGUGGUGGGGGCCAAACACCUGUCUUUGGCGCUGGGCGUGGUCUACUUCCUGCACGCCAUCCCUUACCUGAUCAGCCCGCCGAUAGGAGGCUUGUUGGUCGACAUCACAGAGAGUUACAGCGGAACUUUCCUGCUCAGUGGCGCCGCCCUGCUGGCGAGCGCGUUCAUCCUGUCUGCGGUCGUCGGGAUUCGGCGCUGCCGCCGCCAGAUGACCAUCGAACACGCCCCGGUCCCGCUCAGUCUGUCCGAGCGAUCGGGGAGUCUGAACCAUUUGGAGCCACAGAUGGGCGGGUCCUGAGUCAAGGAAGACAGAGACUGACUUUGAACGGGUCUGUGGUGGAGCGGUCGGCACCACGUCAGCUCUGGGAUGAGCUCAUCUGAGGAGCAGAAACACAUUCAGCUUCUGACACGGUUUUCUUUUUUUAUGGCUGGAGCCGUGAACGACGGUUCUGGUUCGGUUCCGAACCCUCUGAGAGCGGACGGUUCCGGCUGACCUUAAAGUCUGGACUGAUAAACUCAGAGGAAACCAGACAAACAGAACCAACUGAAACUGUUUUCAGUCCAGUUUGUCAUUUAGAGUAUCUUGGACCAGAACCUGACCCAGAAUCUGAAGCAAACCCACAAAUGUUGCAGUUCUUCAAGUGUCCACCAGAGGGCAGAACUAGGUCGGGAUUCAGUCCGAUUUACACCAGAAAUAAACUUCUGUACCGUC